AUGUCUAUGAACUCGGAUUUUAUUUCGAGAGAUGAGUCCCCUACACUAGCGAAAAAUAAAACCUUCCGCUUCAAGAAACCAGUCAUCAAUCAAAAUGAUGAAUCGUCGACGAAUACACGAAACGCGGCAGUUGAGUCAACACUCAAAGUCAACGCGACUCAUGAUCUUGAACAAAAUAUGAAAUUAUCGGAUGCCGAAUUUCUAACCAAUGUUUCUGUUAAAGAGUUAAAGUCGCGUGAUAAUUUAUUAGAUUAUAACGCGUCGACCUCGAUCUUAUUAGCCCGGCUUGCUGCAGCUGCUGCUGAAGAAUCAACUUCAUUAUCAGAAACAUCGAAACCAGGUCUAUCCGCGGGUUUGAUUUCUCACAACAGUUUACCGUCAUCCAUCGCUCAAAAUUUGAUCCCGUUUGCUUCACCAGAUCAUAAUAGCAAUCUCUCUGCUACAACAAGCAACGUAAAUAAUCUGAUAUUGGACAUCCUUACUCCACCAACCAGUCCUAAUGGUUCGACUGUUAAAUUGAAUCAAACCGAAAUGUCGCAAUGCAAUAAAUCACGUCACAAUUUGGAUGAUGAUACAUUGCGUAAACUUGCUCAUCACUUUCUCUCGCCCAAAGGAGAGCGCAACAAAGAGGAUACAUUAUACGUUGCUCAAGAAAGUACAAAUGUGUUUUAUUUCCAGCCUGAUUCUCAUAUUGAUCAAGUGUCUGACCAAAGCAAGGGAGGAUUACCAAGACUUCCGCUUGAAACUAUGAGAAAGCAAUCGUCUAUCUUUUCGAAAAGUUCAAAAUUUGGCAACUCUUGGGGCGGAAUUCCCUCGAGAUGGUUGUUUAUUGCUAAUUUACCAAAAGAUAUCGAUGGCCAAGGAGAAGUCAACGAAAUUUUUAUUCGAUUUCUACGCACUCAUGGUUUCAUUUACGCUGUCUUCUAUGAUAUACGCGACGCUAUUAAGGCACGCAGACAACUUCGAACUCAUUUAAUAAAUGGGAAGCACUUGAAUGUCGAAUUUUGUGCUAGACCGUUCUCGAAAAAUUCCUCUCAAUCAGACAACUCUAAACCUAGUAAAUGGGACAACGAAGGUAUUUUAAUGUUAGAAAUACUUGAUAAACGGCUCAAUGAGUCAACAAUCAAGACUGAAUUAGACUUUCAUGGGGAUGUUCGGUCGAUGACGCCACUCGAUUCGACAAAUCUUCAAAAGUUCUUGGUCGAAUACUAUGAUACACGCGAUGCUUUCGGCGCGAAAGAAAUCUUGAAUGGGAAAAUUAUCAGGAACGCGACUGUUAAAGUUGAUUAUUAUAAUUACGAUCCGCUUUCCUGGCAGAUGGCUAUCAAUGUCUUUCAGCAAAAGAAAGAACAGGCGGAAUACAUUCAAAAAACGCUAGAGAAUUUAUAUUUAAGUUCACCCGCCAUCGGACAUUCGCCCUACACACAACUUGGGAACAGCAUGUUCUCACAAAGACGAUUUCAGCCACAUGGGUCUGCUUUUGAAUCGUCCCAUGGAUCGAAUUCUUUUCAUUCUGGCUCCGCUUAUGGUUCGUUUAUGUCUGGGACGAAGAAUUUAUUCGAGACAGCUCAAGACGUAGCAGUGCGAAAGAAAGGAGGACAGAAGUUAAAGCAAACAGGACCCAACAAUAGCACGGUUAUCAUUUCUGGAGAUCGAGAAAUUCCCCUGAAGAAUAAGGUCGAUUUUAAAAAUAUCGCGAAUGGCAAAGAUUCACGAACUACUUUCAUGAUUCGAAACAUUCCGAAUAAAUAUACUCAACACAUGUUAGUAGACACUCUCGAUGAGACGCACAAGGGUCAGUACGACUUCUUGUACCUGCGCAUGGAUUUUAAAAACCGAUGCAAUGUCGGUUAUGCAUUCAUCAACUUUAUAGACGCGAACGCAGUUCUAUCCUUUGCCGAUGCGCGAGUUGGAAGGCGCUGGAGUUGCUUUAACUCAGAGAAAGUGUGUGAGCUUGCCUAUGCCAAUAUUCAAGGCAAGGAAGCUUUGGUCGAAAAAUUCCGAAAUAGCAGUGUUAUGGAUGAGCUUCCGGAAUAUCGGCCAAAGAUAUUCUAUUCUUCUGGGGUAUUGCGCGGCCAAGAACAAACUUUUCCUGGUCCAAACGAUCCUCAGAAGAAAAAGAGGUCUUUGGCCGCUCGAGAGAGUGCCAUAAGGUCACCAUAUAGCACUGUCUAG